GGUCCGUCUGCAGCAGCUGGAGAAGGAGGCGCGACCUGCGCGAUGUGAGUUCGAGGCGCUCCCCGGGCUGGCUCAGUCGCGCCCCAGCAAAGCCGUCGGGAGGCUCCGGAGAAACGGUCAGCUGGAACGACACGGGACAGCAGCCUCCGGUCUCUGGAGUGGUUGAAGGAAGCUGGAGCAGAGGGGGGCGACGGUGGGCCCCUUUGGAUGCCCCACCUCUGCUCGCCUCCCUGCAGGAGGAGGUGGAUUUUCACCGGCUUGGCUGCCUCCGCCCUCCCUCCCCCCGUCAGUCAUGGUGGGUCACCUUCACCUGCAAGGAAUGGAAGAGAGCCUGAAAGAGAAGAACCGGGAAGGUUUGCUGGACAGUCCGGAUUCCGGGCUGCCCCCCAGCCCCAGCCCUCCCUUCUGUUCCUUGUCUCCAAGCAUCGUUGACAACCGAGCUGCGGCCACCAGCAGGGCCACAGAUAUCCCAGGACAUGGGAACCGGCAGGAGGCCAAAGAGGGGAAAGUGAUCCCAUACCUCCUCCUGAAUGCCUCCACGUCGGAUAUGAGGCCUCGGAUGUACCCUGUGUUUUUUGGCGAAAGCAUAGAGGUCAACCCUGAACCGGCGCAAGAAAUUCGGUGCAACUCUGAGGUAAAAUAUGGCUCCGAGCGGCAUUACAAGGACAACGUAUUCUAUUGCCCGAUUCCCACCGUCACCACCUACAGCGAGACCAUCAUAGCUGCCCCCAAUUGCACCUGGCGGAACUACAAGUCUCAGCUUAUCUUUGAACCGCGGCAGAAGCCCCUCAGGUUCCAGAGCACGACAAUCAUCUUCCCGAAACACGCAAAGAACAUUUACCGGACCACUCUCAACUAUAGCCUGGGAUGCGCCAAGCGCUGGUUUGCCUCAAGUGUGCAGCUCGAACUCUGCGAGGAGAAUAGCCCUUGCCUCAUCUACACUGGGAGCCUUUAAUACAGUAUUCUGUCCGCCGUGGGCAACUCUUAACCAAAAUUUAUGGCUCAGGCCCGUGCUGGAGGCAAAGCCCUUUCCAAACUGCCAGUCUUUGGCUGAUGCCCUCUGUUCACCACCACCGGGGCUGAACACAGUUCAAAUUAUCCCCCCUUGCUCUGAGAAGAAGCCAAUGGAGGGGUUUGUCUUCAUAUCUGGAGUGGCUAAGGGCGGAGGUUUUUUUAAUUCUUCUCACUGUGAAUCCACUCUGCUCAAUUCACACUUUAAUGCGAUCCAAAGCCCCUCAGUUGCCUUAAACAUGCUGUUUUUAUAAUCUUGUAAAGGCCUCUCUAUAGUGUGUAGGAUGCUGCCAACCAUUCCCUUGGAGAGGAUGGUUACGUCAAAGACGAUUUCACUGACUGAGACAUCAGGAACAUCGCGUUGGGCCGUACAGAAUAUUGGCCUCAUCCUGAAAGCUUACUGGUUAGGUGACCAUGGUAAUAGUUAUAAAGAAAUGGCUAUGAAGAUGAUACGGGAAAGGCAAAUGGUGGCUUUUCCGCAGUUGUUGAGGUGUUGCUGAAUCAGGAACCGGCUGUUCACACUGUCUUAGCAAAUAACCGUGCGUAUAGAAAAAGCCAAGAAGAUUCUUUUUUGGGGUAGCUGUAACACACAGACAAGCUAAGUGUAAUGAGUGCUCAGAUGAACUAAUUCCUGUAGGAGGCUGUGCAUUUGACAAUCAUUUGCUCUAAAUAAUUGUAAGUUGGCAGAGUGGGGGUAGUGGUUAAGGGUGGUGGAUUCUAAUGUGGAGAACUGGGCUUGAUUCCCCACUCCUGCACAUGAAGCCUGCUAGGUGACCUUGGGCUAGUCACAGUUCUCUCAGAACUCUCUCGGCCCCACCUACCUCACAGGGUGUUUGUGAGGCUCUUUAAAGGUAGAGAACAGUGGAGUAUAAAAACCAGCCCUUCUUCUUUUAAUAAGACUGUAUUGGACCAAAAGGGUUUUUUUUUUAAAUGCUUCGUGAUAAAGAAACUGUAAAACUCAAGGCAGGGUUUCCCAGAUGUGGAGCUUUGUUCUGUGGGAACCUGAGGAGAUGGGGAAAUUGGAUUUGUUUGGACUUGCAAACCUUGCCUGAGGUACACGGAUAAGGCAGGAAGAGAGUGUGUGUGAAGAGGCAGAAAAGGGGGAAGAGACUGUACUCGAGAGCUGUAGUUUAAUUGUGCAUGGUGUACAAAUUAAAGGAAAUCAGGCACAUAAGUAAGCCAGAGGCCAUUAUGCUGCCUAGAAAAAUCGUGUUUUUGAAUGGGGAAUGAUAACCAGUUAAGCCAGUAGCAGAUUCAGAAUGCAACAAGUAUGUGAUCUCCACUGUAAUAAGAAAGAUUCUGCAUCUGAGCAGAGAACAAUCUACGUUUAAGCCAACCGUGUCUGUAAUCUGCAGUCAUAAUUCAGAAAUUGGGAGUUCUGACCACAACAGGAAUUGCAUGUCUGCAGAAAUGUUUGGCACACUGAGGCCCAUUUAUAGAAAUACAGUCGUAUCCUUGACAGUCAAUGGGAAAUAUUUUCACAGAUCCGUAGAUUCAUGUAAGAUCCCAACUUGUUUGGCAAGAUCUGGACCACAGGAGAAUUCAGUUCCUUGUGUGUAGCAUGGAGCGGAUCCAACUAGAUUCGUCAUGAAGCUUGUCCACUGGAAAUGUAGAAACUAACUGGAAUAUUUUUAAAUACAGAAUAGAAGCCAAGCAUGAAAAUCUCUGUGUGGCAAAGGGAACAUUCUCAGAUCAUCUCUCCACAAUCUAAAUCACAAUCUAAAGGAGCAGCAGUGGCAUAGUGGCUAAGAGCAGUGGCUAAGAGCAGGUGCACUCUGAUCUGGAGGAACUGGGUUUGAUUCCCAGC